AUGCAACUUUCUAUCUUCACACUUGCCCUCGUGGCUGUCUCUGGUGCUCAGGCAGACACUCACAAGGCUGCGGCAUGCGUCUCCAACAGAGUGUCAUCCCCUGUAGGUGGCACUGCCUGGAGCGUUAGCUACAACUGGCAGACUACUUAUGAAGUUCUUGCCGAUGCUACUGAAUGUGCCUGCAACUACUACAAGGCACGAAAUAAGGGAAGCGAGUGGUGGAACACCUGCCCUGAUUGUGCAUUUGAUGGCACUAUCUGCAACUCUCCUGAAGGCCACAUCGGUGGAGAUGAGAUGACAUACUACUGCAAGGAGCUGUGUGGUGCUCAAGGGUCAGAAGCAGACUAA